CUACGCGUAAAAACACAUGUUAUACCCCUAUAGAGAUAUACUCUUUGUCUUUGAUGACUCACUAAUAAAUGCCCACUCCACUUUAGUUAGUAAAUGCCCACCCCCUUUGUUCCUAACUUUGUAUUGUUUAGUAAGUUUAUAUGAGUUUGCUAUGUCCAGUGAGCACAAAGAAACUCUAUUCUCAGAAGUACAGGCUAAGGAUUAAUCUCCCCAGUUUAGUAAACAUUACCCUACCAGCAUAAAUGGACGAACUUGGAGAUUAAGACUUGAGCAGGGAUCGGUCAGCAUGCAUAGUGUACAACAUGUGUCAUUCUACAUUUUGAGUGAGCACUGAGUACACCAACUGACUUGUUUCUCCUCAUCUUUGAUUAUUUCCAGUUAUUUACAGUAACCAUCCCUACACGCCAUGGGGGUGUAACAUUUUGGAGGCACUGCCCGGAUGAUGUCACCAGUCUUGAUGUUCUCGAUGGACUAAAGCUGCAAGUCAUCAUCCUAUGAGACGAGCGGGGUAGACUGACCUGAUCCAGACCAAGCCGCUUCUCACCAACUCCUACAGUAGCCGGAGCGUCAAGGAUGGAGGACCUUAUAGAUGAUGUCACCAAGGGACUAAAAGGGUGCAGCAUAGAGGGACUCAUAGACGUGUUGACGACCCUGGGAUUGCCAGAGGAUAAGGUGAGUGUAGGUAAGGAAAGGGGUAGGUCAGAGCUCGUGAGGCUUGUUAAAAAGCAUCUGUACAGCGACGAGAUGGCGGACAGCGAAGACCGUGGAGAGGCAACGUGGAAGAUGGUGGCGGACGCCAUUGGUACCAAGGGUGAGGUAAUGGAAACCAAGCAAGAGACGGAGGUAGCCUCAUCCCCAUUGACCAUUGGUAGGGCCCAACCGGAAACGACGCCUUGGCGAAGGGAAUUCAAGAUUUCCGGUCAGGUUGGGGAGGCAGGACAGAGGGAGAGGCUAAGCUUUAUGAGCCUCAUCCAUCAGAUCGAGCGGGGAAAAGAGAGGGGAUAUGCAGAUGAGGAGAUCGUUGACGCUGUGAUUCGAGCAAUGGCGCCUGGUCUGACCCUAAGGGCGUAUCUCGAGUCGAAGCCCCAGCUCAAUCUCCCCACCCUCCGUCGGCUCAUCAGAUCACACUAUCAAGAAAAAGAGGCCAUGGAGCUGUACCACGAAUUGAGUAGGGCUGCACAAGGUCAGAGGGAGUCGGCCCAUGAUUUCUUGUUAAGGCUGCUCGCCCUGAAGCAAAAGAUUAUGUUUGUGUCAAAGGAGGCCGGCUCGUCAUUUCAUUACAACGGUUCUCUAGUGGAGAAUAUGUUCAGGCACUCUGCCUUGACUGGCAUAUUGAAUGAGGGGAUACGGAAUGAUAUGAAGCCCUACCUGAAUGACUCAGCAGCCAGCGACGAGGACCUCUUAGAAAAAGUCAACCUCUCCGCCAAUAAUGAGACGGAGCGGCUAAAUAAGCACAAGAGGAGGACGCCAGCCCAAGUCAAUACCGUACAAGAAACACCAGAGGCCAAAAUUGACAUGAACAGCAUACAUAAGGAGAUCAAGGCUUUGAUCAGGGCAGAGAUUGCAGCCAUCCGAGAUGGGAAUCCAGCUCCUGUUCGUGAAAGCACGGCCCAGCGAGACAACGUCACCCUCCUUCAAGGCUCACCUACGACAGUUUAGGAGAUCCUACCCUUCAACCAAUUCAACCAAACCUGAUGCAUAUUCCAGCUACACUGAACGACCAGCAUCAGUUUGUCUCCCCUCUUCCUAAUAAUAAGUCUCACGUUGCUCCUUUCAUGCCCCAGACCUUAUCUAUGCCUUAUCCUCCCCCACAUGAUAUGUUUUUUCAGUAUCAAUUAUUUAACCAAAGCUCUGGCCAGGUACCACGCAACCCACCACUACCAAUCCCAGAAGUGCAGCAGCCAGUGGGACCAGCAUCGCAGCCACCCGGGCCAACACCGCAGUUGAUGAGACCAGCAAUGACUAAGAGCAUGAGUGUAGCUAAGAGGCUACGUCACCGGUAGGAGGUUGAAAUUAAAUGUACAGAAAAGUUUCACUGAAGAUGUAUAACUGAAAAGUCUAAAUGCAAAUUAAUAUACGUAUAGAUGUUGAGAUUCCAAAACAGAAACUUUAAUGAGUCUACAAGAAGAAGCACUACGUAGUGUAACAGGAUAGGAGAUAACCUUUGCAGCAUUUGACAAAUUAGUACUUAUGUUGUACAAGAGGGUUUCUCAAAGGGUAUGACUCAUUAAUGUUGUCAUAGUUGAUAUGUUAUUAGGGAUAUAUUCUCUUUCUAUUGAGUUAGUAUUUAGGAUCUAUAGAUUCAAGUUGGGACCGUACACCCUGACUUACUUACUUUAUUUGAUAGAUGUAUAUAUAGCAUAACUAUAAUGACUAUGUUACACCGAUGUAACAGUUUGAAGGAAUCAGAGGUAUAUUUUCUUGGUUUAAACAUUGGGAUUUUUUUUUUCCCUCACAGUUAUGACAUUGCUUAAGUGUCAAGUGGACGUUUAUUUUUUUUGGUGGGGGAAGGUGUUAUACCCUAUAGAGAUAUACUCUUUGUCUUUGAUGACUCACUAAUAAAUGCCCACUCCACUUUAGUUAGUAAAUGCCCACCCCCUUUGUUCCUAACUUUGUAUUGUUUAGUAAGUUUAUAUGAGUUUGCUAUGUCCAGUGAGCACAAAGAAACUCUAUUCUCAGAAGUACAGGCUAAGGAUUAAUCUCCCCAGUUUAGUAAACAUUACCCUACCAGCAUAAAUGGACGAACUUGGAGAUUAAGACUUGAGCAGGGAUCGGUCAGCAUGCAUAGUGUACAACAUGUGUCAUUCUACAUUUUGAGUGAGCACUGAGUAUACCAACUGACUUGUUUCUCCUCAUCUUUGAUUAUUUCCAGGUAAGACAAUAUCAUUUCUAUCUAUGUAUUUUGAUAUUAGUAGGUAUACAUGUAUAUUGUAUAUUUUAUGUAUUCAUGCUAAAGUAAUACAUUUUACUAGUAUUCCAUCCAUAGUAUUUAGUAGUUUAGUAGGUUAUUGAACAAGUGAAUUAUAAUGCAUUAAGAUAUAAAGCAUGAUGCGCAGUUAGCUUGUGAACAGUGUAAGUAACUGUCUGUUUGGCUUUCUAUUAGUUAGUUUGUUAUAGAGUACAUAGUCAUUUUGAUGUGAUGAUUAAAAGUGUCAUUACUAGUUUUGAGAUUCAGUUUAGUAGUUUGUUGAACUACAUUUUAAGGUUCAUGUUGUUUCAUAUAGGUUUUACUGGAUGGUAUAAUGGAACUUGUAUUAAAUAAUCCUUGAUUAUUUAAGGGAGUUUACUUGGAUACUGUUUGAUAAUAAUAGUAUGACUUCUUUAUUAGUAUGUAUGUUCAUGAGAACAUAAGGAUAGUUAAAGGAAAAGUCAUGGUUUAUAUGAACAUGGUAUCUUUAAUAUAAACAUGAUCCGGGUUCGUGCUCGGGUUGGUAUGUAAUGUAUAUUGUAACUUGUUAGCGUUUAAGAAUACAUUAAUUCACAGGUAGUAUUUAGCAACUUCAAAGGAACAUCCUUAAGGAUGAAAGUGUUAACAAGUGUGAUGUACAAGACGUUUGAUAGUAAUUAUUAUGGUUAUUUAUCCAUUAGGAUAAGAAGACGGAAAACAUUAUAAUUCUAGAAUGUUUGUUCUUACAAUAUUGCUAUUGUAUGAUGAAUCCUGUUAUUUGUUGAUAUUUAUUAUGGAGAUAAUAAAUGUGUCAUUCUACAUUUUGAGUGAGCACUGAGUACACCAAC